AUGAUGGAUUUGAAGGAAAAAAUAUUUUAUUUUAUCUCAUUUGCAAUUUCCAUUUUUCUUGGUCUUUUUUUCCCUUUAUCUGUUGAUUCAGAAUGCAAUAAAAAUUUAGUAAUUAUAAAUUUUGGUGAUUCAAAUUCUGAUACUGGUGGAUAUGUAAUAGUACGUGGCAUGAUGGGACAGCUUCCAAAAAUACAUACUUUUAAUCAUGAUUUAUCUGGUCGAAUGUGUGAUGGCAGAUUAAUUAUUGAUUUUCUAUGUGAAAGUGUGGGAAAUGGAUAUUUGACUCCAUUUAUGGAAUCAAUAGGCAAAAACUUCACAAAUGGAGUUAAUUUUGCUAUUGCUGGUUCUAAAACUCUUCCAAGAUUAGAUUCUUUCAAUUUGCAUAUCCAAUUUGCUCAAUUCCAUCGGUUUCAAUCUCUUUCUCUUGAGUUAUUUAACAAAGGUGAUGGAAAUUUGCCAGGAGAUAAAGAUUUAAGGAAUGCACUUUACACAAUUGAUAUUGGACAAAAUGAUUUGGAUGGAAUAUUUGGUGGACUCAUAUAUGAAAAAGCAAUUCUCAAAAUUCCUGAUAUUAUUUCAGAAAUUGAAAAUGUUAUAAAGGCAAUUUAUGAACAAGGUGGAAAGAAUUUUUGGGUACAUAAUACAGGACCAUUAGGGUGUUUGCCUAAAUCACUUGCAACAUAUAAGAAAAAUGAGAAUGAUUAUGAUGAGAAUGGAUGUUUAAUUUCUCUUAAUGAAGGUGCAAAAAUAUUUAAUGACAAAUUACAAUUCCUUUGUGAAAAAUUAAGAGAUGAAAUGAAGAAUAUCACCAUUGUAUAUGCUGAUAUCUACUCCAUCAAAUAUGAUCUCAUUGCUAACUCUUCUACUUAUGGGUUUGUGAAUCCAUUGAUGGGAUGUUGUGGAUAUGGAGGGCCACCAUACAACUUUGAAUCAAACAACAAAUGUGGGCAAGGAAAUUACACAAUAUGUGAAAAUAGAUUCAAGUACAUUAGUUGGGAUGGUAUUCACUACACAGAAGCAGCUAAUGGAUUUGUUGCCUCCAAAAUACUCUCAACACACUACUCUACACCUCCACUCAAGUUCAAUAACUUUUGCAACAUUGCACCUUGA